ACAUUAACCCCCACCUCUCUCUUCUUUGGUGAAUGUGUUGUCGUGAGCACAUGGAGGGUCAGCCUGGGGGGCUUACUCAACAGACCCUCCUUCCCACUUUCUCUCUCUUCUCCCUCCUUUUCAGGUCUUAGCUCAUUUCGAGUGCGGCCAGAAACAGGAGGGGACACGUGCAAACAGAGCUUUUGGAUUUUCCACUGAGGAGGACUGUAAAACUGGAGCCUUAAAACUGACCUGGGUGCAGCCGGACAGGUCCAAGUGGAUGAGACUGUGACAACCAUUUCCUUCGCUCAGGCCGUCAGAGACUUCAGCAUGCGUGUGAGCUCCUCUUUAGUCUAUGCCUCCUUGCUCCUGCUGCUGCUCCCAUCCGCGGAGAUGAAAAGAGCGGGAAAGGGACGCGGACUCAGAGGAGCAAGACACAAGCUGGCACGGGACAGGGUGAGAGGUGCUGGCCGUCACAGCAGAUCCGAUUCCCCUAGACCAGCCAACUGCUCAGAAUCAUCAGGGUCCGGAGGUGUCUUUGUGGACUGCCAGGACCGACGCCUCACUUCCAUCCCCACCCCACAGACCUGGUCCAAAGCACCCAAGUUCCUGCUCCUAGCCCGUAACAGAAUCAAAGUCCUUCGCAAUGAGGCUUUUUCUGGCUACGAGAGUCUGACCAGUCUGGACUUGCAACAGAAUCACAUCUCAUUGGUGGAGGAGGAGGCCUUCCAGGGUCUGACUCGACUUACAACGCUGCUGCUGCAACAUAACCGCUUGACUUCACUUAGCGAGGAAGCCCUCAUACCCAUGCCAAACCUACGCUACCUGCGCUUGUAUGAUAAUCCGUGGAAUUGUCGCUGUCCGUUGGACAGUCUCAUACAGACCCUUCAGGUCCCAAGCAACCGCCAUCUCGGGAAUCAUGCCAGGUGCGCAGAGCCCAUCUGGCUUAAAGGGAAGAAGCUGAAGCGGGUUGACCCCGAGUUGCUGUGCAAGGAAUCAGAUCCAACGGGCCGGCCGCAGGGCGACCAGACUGAUCCCGCAAACCCCGGCGAGCCCAGUCCAUUUCAAAGCAAACCAGACGCCACCACAUCCUGCCACACUUACUACUUCCCUCAAGUACGCAUGGACUGCAGUAACAGAGGCCUAACGGAGGUGCCUGCUGGCAUUCCUGACGAUGUAGUCCACAUCGACCUGUCCCACAACUCCAUCCGUCACCUCAAAGCCAAAAAUUUCCAAGGAGCAAAGAGUCUGAAAACCUUGAAUAUCAGCCAUAACAACAUGGAGCACAUUGACACAGCGUCCCUGGUCGGGCUCUUACACCUUCAAGAGUUGGACCUGUCUGGAAACAGCCUGCAUUUCAUCCAGUACGGGGUUCUAGAAGACCUCUACUUCCUGUCAAAACUGAAGCUAGGGGGAAACCCGUGGGUGUGUGACUACAGCAUCCACUACAUGGUGUAUUGGCUGCGUCUGCACCCUGGGGUGAAGCACACGGGCCUGCUGUGUCGCUCCCCUCCCGAACACACUGGCGAGAGCGUGGAGGAAUACGUGCGCUCCUACCACAGAGAAUGUCCCAGAAACAAGCAAGAGAGUCAGCGGGACGAAGCCCAAGAGGACGCUCUGCUCUGGAGCACGUCCCUGGAAGUGCAGGGAGAGCUGGAGGAGGAAGUGGAGCCCAGCCACUUGAGGCGGCCCCAGAAGUAUCAGAUUAUUAGACUGUCUUGAGUCCAAAAGACUUCAACUCUGGCUUUAAAUAGGUUUUGUUUAAAACGUUCCACUCUUCUGUUUUCUUUCCAUAUUGUCAAAUAGUCUGUAUCAGAUGAAGAAUCUACCUUUGUGUGCAGUGUACUCUUAUGUGGAAUCCAAAAUAUAUCUACUCUUUUCACUGAAGAGAAUCCAAAAAUAUAUUAAAUAUAUUACAAAAUACACUCAUAGAUGAACCUCCAUCCCUCUUCUGUGCCGCUCAUCCUCACUAGGGUUGCGGGUAUGCUGGAAGAGUCUGGUUGCCAGCCAAUCGCAGGGCACAUUUAGACAAACAACCAUUCACUGUCACAUUCAUACCUAUGGACAAUUUUGGAGUCGCCAAAUGUUUUUGGAAUGUGGGAGGAAACCGGAAUACCCACGCAUGGAGAGAACAAGCAAACUCCACACAGAAAUGCGCAACGGAGAUUUGAACCCAGAUCUUCCCAAUCUCCUGGCUGUGGCCAACAUGUUCACCACUAGGCCACCAUGCGGCCAGUAGGUGAACCUAACAUCUUAUAUAUCUCUAUCUAACAUUAGCAUAAUAUUUUUGUGUUAAAACUGACAAAAUACAAUUGUGUAGGAAAAUAUUAAAGUCACUGUUGCACUUUUUUUUAUAUGCACAAGCAAAUAAAAUUUAAUGGCAUCCAGUAUAAAAAUAAAAAAAAUACAAUAAUAUUAAUGUCUUUCUCUGUAUUAUUUUAAUUUUAUGUGAAAACAUUGAAUCACAAGUAUAUAGCAUUUUUCUAGGUACUCAACACACUCAAGUAGAAUAAUAAUUUCUUCACAUCAUAAAUAAUAGAGUCGAGUAUGA